UCAGGAUCAUGUGGAUGUACACCUUAUUCAUGUGGCCCAAUGACCAAACCAACUUCAAGAAGAAAUAUUGUUCAAAUAUUGCCACGUCCAGUCAAUCAAGAGGUUGCACCAACAAAUCUUGAUCAAGACUCAAACGAUUACGAUAAUCUAGAACGUCUUUCUGUACAAUCUUGUGAGUCAUUGGAAGUUGUUUUCCAACUCAAGGGACCAAAGGCUGUGGAAAGCCACAAUGUUCAAGCAUUCAAUAAGUUGUGUUACUUGUUGUUAAACGAAUUGCCAAGUUUAAUGCACGUAUGGGAAACGGGCGGUUCACCUCAUAUCACAGGCUUUGGAAACUUAACAUUCUUAAGUGUAUCCCACUGUGGCAGUUUGCGAUAUUUGUUCUUGUCAACUGUAGCCAAGCUCCUUAUCAGUUUAAAGGACUUAAAAGUUGGGAAUUGUGAGAAGAUUGAACAAGUUAUUGCAGAAGCAGAUACUGAAUGUGUUGACCAAGAAAUUACAUUUCGUCAACUGAAUUCCAUAACGCUUGAAGAUCUACCAAACCUCAUUUGUUUCUCUAUUGAAGCUUAUACUUUGAAGUUUCCAUGUUUGAGGGAAUUGAAGGUUAUAAGAUGUCCAGAUUUAAGGACAUUUGCUUCUAAGGUUGUCAGCGCACAUUCUGUAAUCAAAGUACAGACAGAGUUCGGAAAGUCUGAGUGGAUGGGGGACCUCAAUAGCACUAUAGGGAACAUUCAUGAAAAAAGGGAAACACAGAGAAGUGCAGAGCACAUUGAUGAGGAGGUUUGAGUUCUGCUCUGAAGAAUUUUAUGAGGAUGUGCAUACAGACUCUACAAAGUGAGUUCUUGAAGUUUGGGAUAGCAAGUUGCAAUUUCACAUCUCUAACCUCAUCAAUUCUUGAGAAACAAUCCCAUUUCAAUUCCAAGUGUUGAAGUGUAUUAUAAUUCAUGUAUUGGAUUUCAUUUGUAUAUCAUUCAAAUGUUUGAGCGGAUCUGAUGGUUCAACUAAUACCACAUUCAGAAGCACUGAUGACAAAUUUCCCAUCAAUGGGGUUAAUUUUUCAUUCUUCAAUUUCCCAUCAAUGGGAUUAAUAAUUUUUCAAUGUCACCAAAAUUAACAUAUUAAAAAACUUUGGUUGAUCACUUGGUGUCAAGAUUUCAGAGAGACAGGCUAGCAGCCCACACUUAGUAUGUAUGGAGUUUUAUCACAAAAGAUCUCGGUACUAUUAAUAGUAGAACCACUUAAUAUA